UUUAUGUAUUAUUAGUAAUAUGUUGAUUAAUAUUAAUUUAUCGCAAUAUAUGAUAAUCCAUCGCAAUUUGUUUAAUAAAUCCUAAUUGAUCUUAAUAAUUUAUAUUAAGACCAAUGGGAUCAGAUUGUACUAUAGAAUCUCCUAAACUUUUAAAUUCAACUCAUGAAGUUGAUUUACCCAAAGAUGUAACAUUAGACCAUAAAGAUUUAGAUUAUUCACUUUUUAAUAAUAUUCCAAAUACCUCUGGAGGUUAUAUUGUUGGCGAAAAGCCUAUUUUCCUGAGAAAUUCCAUUAUCUGUGUUAUUAAUAACCAAAAAUGUAUUCUAUACGAUUCAUUAAGUGGCAAUAAAUUAACUCAAACUCAUAAUAACCCGGAUUCGUUGGUUGGAUGUAAGUCUUUUACGUACAAGGAUACCUACGAAUUGUUGCUGUGCUCAUCAUCAGACGGUACGGUAUUGUGCUAUAAUAUACCUCAAAAGAUCGAAGAUCCUGUUUUACCCGUCUUGCUUAAACUGAAGAUUAAAUGUAGAAAACUCUUAACAUAUGAACUUAAUGUUAGAAAUGGAAAUCUAGUCUGUUUAAUAAUAAAUCGUAAAAACCACAUUAAGCUGCUUCACGUUGAACCGAAUUAUGAAUUGUUAGUAUUUUCUAAGGACCGAGAUCCAAUUAACAAGCAGGAUGAUGACAAAAAAGUUGAAUUUGGUAGUAAAAACCACUUUGAAAAUACUGAAUUAUUAGUAAUAGAUAGUAAUAAUGUAGAUUUGGUUACAGCAAACAGUGAUUUGUCAAGAGUGGCAAUUACAAACAGGACGUAUUUUGUGCUGUUUGAACCUGGUUCCGGCAAAUGUUAUUUUUAUGAACAUCACGAUGUCAUAACUUCAAUAACAUUAAACGAAAACAGUGUGAUUUUGGGUGAUUUGAUAGGACGAAUAAUAGUAAUAGAUGACACGAAGAGUUCAGGAACAACGAAUAUGUUAUCCUUUACAGACAGUAGAAUUAACUUUAAAAAAUUGUCGAGCAUGUAUCAUAAUAAGGCCAGUAAUAAAAAUUUAUUUAAAAACGUUUCCAUUUCACAAUACCAUUGGCACUCACACAACGUAAACUCACUUUGCUUCUAUAAAGAUCUCCUGUUAUCAGGAGGAGAGGAGGCCGUUUUGGUAGUUUGGGACUUGAAGAUAAAUGACCGCAAAUUUGUAACUAACCUUGGAGGGCCAAUAUUCCACAUCACAUGUGCUCAGAAUCAAAUAGCUGUAACGUUGGAGAACAAUAAUGUUAUGAUCAUCGACCCAGUAUCAUUGGUAGUUGUGGCCUCUGUCACAUCACUCAUUAACACCAGUCGUGGCUGUUAUCUGAAAUUGCUUGAUAACCACAGGAUCUGUUUAGUAAAUGAUAACAUUAUACAGGUGUAUGAUUAUUGUGAUGACAAGCAGGUCUCAACAGCUAAUAUAAACAGCGUUAACUACGUGUCAAGGCAAGAUCAAAAGUUUGGACUCUACUAUACAGUUGAAAAUAUGUGUAUCUCCUACAAGUAUGUUUUGGUGGCUCUGAAGAGACAACUGCUUACUAAUGAAACGUUUAAGUUACUGUUACAGUUUUUCGUCAAUGAAACCCUCACCAGCCCUAGUGAAACUACAAGUAAAAGAACACUAAUGGAUAUUAAUAACCAUAAAUAUGUACUCAAUAACACGAUUAACGAUAUUCACCAGGACAGAGUUACAUCAAUUAAACAACUAAACUCAAAUGGACAGUUUAUAUCAUCGUCGCUCGAUGGAAACUUGAAUGUAUACACAAGAAUAAGUGAAGGAUAUUGGGUCACAAGCCAAGUGAUAACAUACAAAGAGUUGCCCAUACAUGGUCUUAAAGUUAUUAACAAUGUAGUAAUAUCAAACAAUGAGAAUUUGUUGUCGAUUUAUAGAAACGACCCAAGUGGUAUGAAGCUAAUAAAGACCAUUAAGGCAGACUUUGGAGGGAUUAAGAAGAUCAACAUAGAGAGUCUAAUUGUUUAUAAAAAUAAUGAAGUUGAUAUUCUAAACAUCAGGACUAAUGCAAGGGAGAAUUUGUUAAAAUUGGAAUCUACAGUAAACAUAAGGAAAGUGAUUUAUAAGCCUAAAGAUGAUUUUAUAGUUAUAGUAACAAAGUCACCUGACAGUAAACUCAAUUUACAAGUUUACAGUAAUAAAGAGUUGAUUUAUGAAAAAUCAUUGGCUCGAGGAUCACUAGUAAAACUUGUUAAACCAGACUACUCAAUACCACUAUAUUGUUUACUUAUUUUCCUAAACCAUGACAUUGAAGUAUUGAAAUUAUUUAAACGUGAUACAAAGUUUGAAGUUGUUGAACAAAAGGAUGUUAGCAAUUAUUACUUCAAGAAGUUAGACAGAGUCAAUUACAAUUACCUGAACGAGUUCAUCAUCUCACUUAUGUCCAAUACAGGCGCUAAAGUUGUGAAGGAUAAGGUAAAGAACAGGAACAUUCUCCAGUAUGAAAAGGCAAAGAUUAAGAGGAUAGACCUGUUAAAUUUAGUCGACUCAAAUCAAAUUCCAACUCCUAACCAGAUCAUCAACCAGCUCGUAAAUAAUAUUAUAUAAAAACAAA